CUAACAAAUAAUUAUAGUGGGGGUAAAAGCGAAAAAGUACAUCCUGCCGCUGAUGUUUUGCUCUAUUGUUCGGUGAUGUCGAGAAAAAUUAUGUUUUUUAUGUGAUUUUUUUUUUUCUGUGAAAAAUGUAUGCAAGCAAGAACGAAAAUUGUGUUUAUUUUUACUAAAUGAUGUUGUUUUUAUUGGUCGAGAUGGAACAUCCGAGUCGUGAAAAAUAUAGUUUACGGUAAUACUUGCAGAACGCAUUUAUACAGUAAACUCACAUAGGGACUCUUUGUCAUGGAUAUGCAGGCUCCCAAUGUUUAUGCAGCCACCAUCCCUGGCAUACCUGAAUUGGGGAUGGUGUGGAUGGGAGAUAUGAUGGUUCAUGGGGAACCAACUCAUGAAUUAAUGUUAGAUCCACGACAUGCAGAAAGUCCAUUCUUUCCACAUGGUUCACAUUCAUUUGAUGAACUAAGAAAUCAUCAUCAUCAUCACCAUCAUCAUCAUCAAAUGCAACCAACGACAAUGGUUCGCUAUUUACCUCAACAAUAUCAUGGCGAAUGUUCUGAACCUGAUGAGGCUAUGGAAGCUGUUGAUGUUCAAGAAAUGCAUCACUGCUAUCCUCUAUUUCAGGAAUACGAUCCACAAACGGAAAGUAAUGAAAUGACUGAAUACAUGACAUUGGAGGAUUAUAUGACGGAAGAAGAUCGUGAGCAGGUUGUAAAUAAUGCAGCAACACAAACGCAGGACAAUCGAAAUCGCAAGAUCAAGCCAAUAAAGCAUCCUGGCCUUGUUCUGAAAACACCAAUUGCCUAUCAGCCUCACACUGAUCUCAAUUUUAUACCAAUUCGAAAGGAUGGAAUCGCCGUUUGCGAGAAAUGUGGUGCCAUUGGAGUAAAACAUGCCUUUUACACGAAAGAACGACGAUUUUGUAGUAGAGCUUGCGCACGAUCUUCAGAGCAUACUGCACCGGCUGCUGAUUCAACGUACAGUCCGUCGCAUCCUAUUGAGAAUCAAAUAAUUGUCACUCCACCAUCGCCUGAAGCAUCUAAACCAGAGGAGGAAGUAAUAACUAAAGAAAUUGAAGUUGAAAAGAAGGAACCCGAGAAGAAAGACAAGGAAGUAAUAAAAUCUGAACCAGUAAUGCCAGAAGAUUUGCCCGUGAGGAGAAAACGAACUGCUGAAAUGGAGGGAUCUUACGAUUGGACACCACAAUUGAUAGAACAUGGAUUUUGUGCUGCACCCGUGUCUUGCUUUAAACACGCGCCAAUAUCAGAAAUUUGGGACGACAUAACAGUGGGAAUGAAGGUGGAGGUAGAAAACACGGAUUGCGAUGAGGUUUGUGAGGCAUUUCCCGAUUCAUUUUGGGUUGCAACUGUUCUUCGUAUUUCUGGAUACAGAGCACUAUUGAGAUACGAAGGUUUCGGACACAAUGCCGAAAAGGAUUUUUGGGUUUCACUUUGCUCAAAUGAUAUUCAUCCUGUCGGUUGGUGUGCCACAAUUGGAAAACCUCUAAUACCUCCAAACACAAUAGCCAACAAAUAUAAAGAUUGGAAGGACUUUCUUAAAAGACGAUUAACGGGUGCACGAACAUUACCAACUGAUUUCUACAAUAAAGUAAAUGACAGUAUGAAAUCACGUUUUCGAUGUGGACUUCAAUUGGAAGUUGUUGAUAAAAAUCGAAUAUCACAAGUGAAAGUAGCGACAAUACAAAAAAUACUCGGUAAACGAUUGCAUGUGCGUUAUUAUGAUUCGCCACCUGAUGAUAAUGGAUUUUGGUGUCACGAAGAUUCGCCAUUGAUUCAUCCAGUUGGAUGGUCGAGAAAAAUUGGUCAAACAUUGGACGCAUAUCCAGAUUAUUUGGAACGAAUGUCAAAGAAACAGUAUUCGGAGGAUGACGCGACAGAGGAUAUUUUCAUUGUGCCAAAGAAUCAUACGAUACCUGGAUUUAAAUUUCAAGAGGGAAUGAAACUUGAAGCGAUAGAUCCACUCAAUCUUUCUGCAAUUUGCGCAGCGACUGUUAUGCGAGUAUUAAGGAAGGAAUUCAUUAUGAUUCGCAUUGAUAGCUACGAUGAGGAUGCCAGUGGGGCUGAUUGGUUUUGUUAUCAUUCAUGUUCACCUUGUAUAUUUCCAAUUGGAUUUUGUGCACAGCAUGGUUUGCCACUAACUCCGCCCAAGGGAUAUGAUCCUACGACUUUUACCUGGGAUUCGUAUUUGACUGAAACUAAUACUAUACCUGCACCGAUACAUCUAUUUAAUCCUGAGGUACCACAACAUGGAUUUAUUGAGGGCAUGAGACUUGAGGCUGCUGAUUUAAUGGAUCCUAGAUUAGUUUGUGUAGCAACAAUCACUAGAGUCAUUGGGAGGCUACUGAGGGUGCACUUUGAUGGAUGGGAAGAUGAAUAUGAUCAAUGGCUGGAUUGCCAAAGUCCUGAUAUUUAUCCCGUUGGAUGGUGUGAUCUUGUUGAUCAUAAAUUAGAAGGGCCACGGGUUAUUAAUAAAACCACUAGUCCUACAGUGAAAUCACCAAGAGGCCUUAAACGUAAAUCUAAGAGAAAAAUGAAACGAAAUGGAAAAUUGCAUUGUGGAAGACAAUUUCUUCCACGACAUAGUGAACGCAUUAAUCCAACUCGUGAAAGAGAUCGAGAUCGUGAAAGAGAACGAGAACGAGAUCGAGAAAGAAAGCAGGAAUUAGAAUUAGAACCAGCUCAGGGUAUUAAAAUAGAAAGAGAUCAUGAAUUGGAGAGUUUACCUGAGCAGGCGAGCAGAGAACCUGAACCGGCAGAGGAGCCAGCUGGUCCAGAUCAAACUCUUCCCAGUCCUUCGAGUUGUCAGGGUCAAGCCUUGAGUGAGAUUCAAAGUAAUUUGCAAGUCGUUCCACCUUCAAGGGAUCGAAAUGUAACGUUGUGUGUAAAUACUUCGCCAGCGAGCGAGAAAUACAUUCCAAGGCUAGCGGAUUGUCUGCAAAAGUCUUCCGACGCCAAGGGAUUAGUACCAUCGGAAUGGAAUAUAUUCGAUGUGGCACAAUUUCUUCGUGUCAAUGACUGUGCAACGUAUUGUGACAACUUUAGUAAACGCAAAGUAGAUGGGAAGACACUUUUGAAUUUGACGAAGGAUCAAAUUAUAGACUUAACUGGUUUUAAAGUUGGACCAUCUCUCAAAAUUUAUGAUCUUAUACAACAAUUGAAAAUCAAAGUGAAUCCAGCUCAGGAAAGGUUAAAGUUAGGACUAAAAAAAUUAUUUUAACAGAGCUUUUGUAAGUUUUUAAGUGCCAGCCUUAACGUAAUAUUCAACAUGGAUUUACAACUAAGGGAAGUGAUUUUUUUUUCUUUUUUUUUUUUUUUUGCAAUUUUACAGAUCAGUGAUUAUUUUUCAUUUCCACUGAAUCUUUUUUUUUAGUAAAAAAAAAAUUCAAUUCAACAUUUUAAAAAUGUUCUAUUUUUAUGAGCUAUUUGUAUAAUUUUACAAGCAAUAUUUAACCUUAAUAUUUUCAAUUUUUUUUUUGCGGUUUUUAUUUUUAAAUUGAAAUCUAUAUUUAUUUAAAAACAUUGUGUAAAUCCAUGAUUUAGUAAAAAAAAAGAAAAAAAAGAAAACACUUAAACGAAAUAUAAAUACAAUAGCCUGAAAUGUCUCUCGAGAUGGAAUAUUGAAUCCGAAAAGUAGAAAUUGAUAUAGAAAAAAAAGGGGGAAAGAAUGCAUUACUAUUCUCUUGUUAAAAUUCUAGAGAGGCAAGUCUUUAAGGUUAUGUCUGAGAUUAAUAGUGAACAAAAAUUAGUGAGGUAUUAUAUUAAAAAUUUUUUCAAACAAAAGAUUUUUUUACAAUAUACAAAAAGAAAGUUAAAUUAGAUAAAAAAUUAUUCCCUAUUUAUUUUGUAACAAUAUAUAAACAUUUUUUUCUAAUUUACAACUAAAUGUAAAUAUCUGUAAGUUGUUUGAGAAAAUUUUUUUUCCUGUAAUUUUGAAACUAAUUUUGAUAUCGCUAUUUUGUUUUUGACAUAGCCUUAAUGUUAUGGAAAUUAUUAUACUGUGAUUAGCGAACUUUGUAAAUAAUUCAUUUUUUGUAAAUACGAGUAAAUUAAUUCAAUUAUAGUCAAUUCGGAUGUAUUAUAUAUAUAAUUAAGAUUUUGAAUUUUUAAUCGGCUAUUGCAUUUGUAUUACGUUAAAAAGUGUUACUUUUUUUUUUUUUUAAAUUCAUACAAUGAAUUCAAACAGUCAAAGUUGCAUGAAAACCUUUCACUAAAUGCCCUUAAUUAUUAUUUUUUUUUUCAAUUUUCUUUUCUCAAAACUUUUUAUUCAUAUCAGAGAAUGAUUAAUAUAGAAAAUAAAUUUCAUUGAUAAUUGUCACAAUGAAAUUAAGAAUUUUUCUGUUAGAAAAUAUAUAGUAAAAAAAAAAAAAAAUACAACAUAAAUUCCGAGGAAAAUUUAAAAUUCAAAAUUAUUGACAUUUAUAUAAUGAAAUAAUCUCAGAAAAAAAUUAGUAUAUGUAUAGAAUGUAUUCUAAAAGAGAAAAACACAGUCAACUCGACAGACAUUUGCUUGAAAAUAUUUUUAAUUAUUUUUUUUUUUUUUCGUUGGGAAAUAGUGUGAUAUUGACUUUUCAAAGAUUUAUUAAAUUGCUCUCAAAAAAAAAAAAAAAAAAAAAAACAACAAA